CGGCGGCGCGCGUACUUUUUCACGUAGCGAAUCAGAGCGGAAGGCGCGGCCUGGCGCGCGGUCAAGACGGCCAAUCAUCGAGCUGGGCUCUUCCUCGAGCGCCCCCUACCCCACCACGUUCGAAACUCGGCCGCCAAUCGCCGGGAAGGAGGUGGUGGGCCGCGCCUGUUUACCGCCUAACGGCCGCUGGAGGAGGCAGCUACGGACGCCUCGUCGUGGGCUCCCGGAAAUGCAGGGUAAUGUCAUACUCGAGCCUAAGAUAUGGAAAGGGGUGAUGUGAAUACUGGACAAGAAAUCCCUUCAUCUUCUGCAGACUCUGAUGUCAGAAAUACCCACAGCUCUGUCUACAGCUUCAGUUGUAACAGGAGCCCCUCAUCCAGUUCCAAUGGAGUUUCUGGUUACUCAGGGAACACCAGAUCCUCAUUAAUGUCUGGGUCUGUUGGGCUGCUCGACUCCUUCCUGCAAGACAUCCACAACAUUGGAGAUGGUGACUCAGAAGUCGUGAAGAGCCGUGAGACAAGGUGGCUACAGUUAUUGAGACUGGUAGAAAAACAAUGUCAGGAACAAAUAGUUGCCCAGCAAGAGCAGUUCCACCAUCAAAUCCAACUGAUUCAGGAUGAGAUAAGGCAGUUGGUGAAAUUACAGACCAGCAACUGGGGUGCCAGCAAGAGCAGAAGUUUGCCUGUCAAGCUUCCAGACAAUUUCUCAUCACUAGAGAGCAAAAUGGGGAUGCGUUCUGAAGUCUUUGAAGAAAACGAGUGCAUUGUCAAUCAACUUAGAUCAAAUGAGGCGGAAAGUCAGCCAAAUGCAUCUGGUCUACAUCAGGAAUGUCUUGGAAAUGAUGCUUCAGUGAAUAGCGGGCACGGUGCAUGUUCUGCCUCCCAACUGAACCCUGGCACAUCGAACAACGUUAUCCAGUGCACAGACUGCAUGGAGAAAACUUCCCAAGGGCAGGGUGAUGCAGCAGUAUUGCAGAGUGACGCAGCGGUAGCCGGUGUUCAAAAGAAAAGAGAACUUCACCCCCCAAAAAAAGAGGAAAAAUUUUUGUCGGGAAGGAGUGAUAUUUUAGUUUUUCCUGCUGAAUCUGAACAUAAAGUUGAUGAGGCUCAAUGUGGAAAGAAACCCAGUAAAUCUUUAACAUCAUGGGCACAAAAGUUGAGACAAAACCAACCAAAAAGAAUAAACGCUGAAGAAGUAUGUGUGAACUCUAUGCAUGAAAAUGAGCAAGCAAAGAAAUUACCCCUUGAGAAUACAAACCAUAGCGGUGCUGCUUUGCCACCUUACACUUUUUACCUCAACCAGCCUAAUGAAAGUCCGAAUUCCUUAGUGUCUGAAGCUUCAGGGCUUUCAUACUGGAAGUUAGAUGAAAAGGAGAUGUAUCACUCUUUACCAGAGAAUUUCAGAAGUGAGUUUGCUGAUGUUUUCUCCACAAAAGUAUCACCAGAUCAGUUAUCUUCUGCUGACGAAACAAAGCUCUCGUCAUUGAAGGAUAUUUAUCAUAAAAGACAAAGGGAGAAUAAGCAGCUGCCAGACCAGAAUUUUAUGCCUUCUUCCCAGUGCAGUCACCCACCAGAGAUCUUGACGUUGGACCCAACCCUGCACAUGAAACCAGGUCAGCAGAACCCAGGACGCUGUUUUUUCAAUAUUCCUGAGGAGCCGACUCCUUUUUCUCCAGACUCUAUGGCAGAGCCUGGGUUUUCCAGUCAUUGUGAUACAGACUCUUUUUCGCAGACGAGUAAUUCAUCUCAGUUCGAUGAUUCUCCCCAGUAUCCUGCCAGCAGCAGAGCUGCGCAUUUGGACCUCUGGAGAAACCACCCGUUCCAAAAUGAACACCAGACCAGCUGUCCCUUUCCAAUGGCAUAUACGGAUGCUAAUAAUGAGAAUUUAGUCAACGCUGAGGAGGAAGAAACACUGACUCUAACUCCGUCUUCUGUUACUCACUGUGCUGACAGCAGUUUGCCAGAAUGCAGCCUUUCAGUGACAUCUGUUGAAGAUCCUGUGAUAAUGUCAAAGAUUAGGCAGAACUUGAGGGAAAAGCAUGCUCGCCACAUAGCUGAUCUACGCGCUUACUAUGACUCUGAGAUACAGAGCUUGAAGCAGCAGCUUGAGGCAAGUCAUAGAACUGCUUCGGCUGAAGACCUGGAGAAAAUCAAUCAAAAUCUUGCUGACAGGUGCGACCAUUUAGAUGCGGCUCUGAAUGAAGCAAGUGCUCGCAUAAAAGCCCUUGAAAAUAAGAAUAAAAUGCUAGAAAAUCAAGUGGCAGACUGGAGAGAACGCUUUUAUGCAGUCAGCAGCACUUCCAAAGUUUUGCAAGAACGCGUUGAAGAAAUGCGCACCACUAAUAAAGAGAAGGACAACACGAUCAGUCGGCUAAAAUCGAGGCUUAAAGAUCUAGAGGAAGCAUUUGAAAAGGCUUACAAGUCAUCUGACAAUAAAAAUACGAGGCUAAAGGAAGAAAAUAAAAUGUUUCAGAAUCUUUUAGGAGAAUAUGAGUCCCUUGGAAAAGAACAUGAAAGAGUAAAAGACACAUUAAAUGCAACUGAAAACAAAUUGCUUGAUGCAAACACACAGAUUUCUGAUCUGAAAAGGACAAUUUCAAAACUCGAAGCUCAGCUCAAGCAGGUAGAACAUGAAAAUACGUUGAAACUUCGCCAUAUUACUGAAAGUCGUUUAAGAACCUCAUGUGCCAACAAGUUGGCAACUCCUGACGUCAGCAGGCGCAAGUGGUUGAUCCCGGGAGCAGAGUAUUCCAUCUUCACCGGCCAGCCUUUGGAAGCGCAGGAGAGCCCCAAAGAUAACAGAUUCGAGGAAACCUGUGUUCCUUCGAGGCACCAUUCUCCUCCUGAAAAAGACUCCUCACAAGAAGACUCUUCAACAAACACAAUAGAAAAGAAAGAAAAUGAGAUGUCAGAAGCACCAAUUAUAAAAGCCUUUAAAGAACUUGAAGAAGGAAAAGCAUUUAAAGAUUGGGGUACACAAACAGAAAAAGAAGACGCAUCAGCUAAAACAUCCAAUCGACGACAAACUGUUGGCUUUGUUGAAGCUUCUCUAGUUGCUAACCGAUCCCCAGAGAAAGGCAAAGACCCCCACAGACCGAAACGCUACAGCUCGCCAGCCAGCCAGAGGUCAUCGUCCCUUCCUCCUUCCAACAGGAAAGCAAAUACUCCAACAAGGAGAGAGAUCAUGUUGGCACCAGUGUCUGUGACGUACAGCCCAAAACGAUCUCCGAGAGAAAACCUCUCUCCUGGAUUCAGCCAUUUGCUUAGCAAAAAUGAAAACACAGUAACAAGGUUUGAUAUACUUCUAGAUGACCUGGAAGCUGGUCCUUCAUCUACUUUACAGCACAAUAAUCCAAGAAAAAGGCUCCAGUUUCUCGCACUAGAUGAUGUGGAAGGAAGGCAACACUCAGGUGUCAGAAACAACUCUUGUGCUGAAUCCAUCAAUACGGGAAUGAAGAAGGCGACAGAGUGGGACGAAAGGAGCGCAACGCAAAAAUCCGAGCCAGUGCCACCGCCUUGCGAGGGGGAAUUCAAGUACGCAGCGAGGAUUGCGACUCUGGCCGACACAGAGAGGCUUUUCGAUGAGCUGACUCAAGAAAAGCAACAGAUUGAGGCUGCAUUGAGUCGAAUACCUUGUUCUGGUGGAAGAAUGACCUUGCAAGCAAGAAUAAAUCAGGAAGCCCUGGAGGAUCGCUUGGAAAGGAUUAAUAGAGACCUGGGCUCAAUACGCAUGACUCUGAAAAGAUUCCAUGUUUUACGUACCUCUGCAAAUCUUUGACAAUUCUCCUGAAUGCAAAUAUGCUUUUUUUGUUUGCACUACUAUGUAAUUAUGCACUCAGUUAAUGCAGAUUGGUUUGUAUUUUUAUAAACCCUCAAUAAUAGUUUUCCAACCAUGUUACCCUUUACAAACAGCAAUAUUUUGUACUUCGAACAGCCACCUAUAUUUUAAACAUAUUUUUGUUACACUUGAGAAAUCAAUGUUUAUCCCGUAAUAUUUUUAGAAAUAUUAAUUAUUUUUAAAUAGCGAUAUUCGAUUUAUAACAAGAAUAAGAAAUGAAAAGGCAGCUUGUUUUCAGAAAAUGAUAGUGUUACCCUUUUGCACUUGGUUUUCCUCACCAUUUUAUAAAUAUUUAUGGUAUAAUGUAAAUAUUAGCCAAUAGGGAAGUUUGAACUUUAAUACAAAAAGCAACCUAUGUUAAAGAUAACUCCUGUUAGACGGUAAAUCCUUUUAAUUUAAGCCUUGUGACAUGGAUAUUUUUCAUUGUGACAAAACUGUGAACAAUACCUCCGUUCUGGCUGGGCCGGCUGCAGAUCAGUACGUGUUUUGCUGCUUCGGUUGCUGCCGCCUGUUUGGAAAAUAUUGCUCGAAAUCAUUUGAUAUUUCCCAACAGUGGCAGCGAGUUCUGGGGUUCGUGAGACCAGCAGCAGCCUCCACCGAGCAGCUCCAGGAGCGUAACUACUUCACCCAAGUUUGUUUUAAUAUGCCAGUGUUCUGCUCGCACACCUUUCCAAAUCAACUCCGAGCUCUAUUCGUGAAAAUACAUUUGUUUUUUCUUUGUAAAAAAACCAAACCAAAAAAGCAUUUGCUAGUUGGCAUGUUGCUGAAUUAUUGUCUGACAUUGAUAUUUUGGUUUGUAUUUUAAUAUUAAAUAAAUGUUUAAUUAGA